GGUGCGGUGUUUAUGCGCAGCAGACAUCUGUCCUGCUCUCAGUCCAGUGUGAGGACAACGCGCGUGGACGCUGCACGACACUGUAGACACUACCUGACCUGGAAGGAAAUGGAGAAUAAAACCCCUCAUGUGUGUUGUUUACCGUGUCGACAUGUUGUGAAAUGUUGGCGAUGAUGACUUUGUAACGCGCGUGUGGAUUUAUCGGCGCUCGGACUGAUUUCAUUAAGAGCUUGUUGCACUCUGGAAAACCGAUAUUGUGCACAUUUUGCGCCUCGCUCAUGCACUGGAGACGCUGAUGUCUUCAUUGGUCUCCGUGCAGUCGGAGAUGGUGGAUCUCUCUCGGAUUUCCAACGUGGAAACGUAGCAUCUAAUUAAUCAGCGAGUGCAACUGUACCCCCGGCGAGGCGCAGUGGCCCUUGGUCUUCAACACCUACCUUUGGACUCCAAAGUGUGGAAAGGCGCAUGGUUUGGCCGCUGCGCUGAAUCGGAGUAUGAAACCCGCAGCUGGCGCAGUAUUUCUGUUCUGUUUUCUGUGUGGACACGAACCGAAUCUCAGAAGCGCUUCAAGAGUCGUGCCUGUGGAUUGUGGUCGUUAAUGAAACGAGUCACCGCAGCUGAGUCAGCUCGGGACACUCCACGAGACGCGUUUUCUGUUUGGAUUCUAACACCAACGGCCAAGCGAAUUUCAGGUCUGCAUGGGCCAUAUGUGAGCUCUCUUCAUAGGAACUGAGUCUAAGAUGAAGUUAUGGGAUGUUUUGGCCACGUGUUUGUUGCUCCUGAGCUCUGUUGCUACACGGCCUCUCUACCAAAACACUCACCCCGCCAAGAGGACUUACUUCCCCAGCAGCUACAGUGAUUCCGCGUCCCGGUCUGCGGAGGACAAAGAGCCAGCGUACCAGCGUGAAGACCACAACCUGCAGGAGAUCUCGAUGGAGAGUCCAUAUGACACCACAGGUCUCUAUCCAGAGAAGUUUGACGACGUAAUGGAUUUUAUCGAGGCUACCAUCGGCAGACUCAGGAGAUCGUCAGAGCUCGACGGAGGCUCCAGGGGACGGAGGGAGCAGAGACAGAGGGGAGCGGCAAACACGGGAGGCCCCAGAGGCGAGGGGAGGGGACACGGGGACAGGAGGCGAGGUCGCGGGCGGGGGGGAAGCCGAGGCGGCAAAGGGGGCCGAGGCGAGCGAGGCAGGGAGAGGAUAACGGUGCAGACUCGGGGCUGCUUGCUAAAGGAAGUCCACCUCAACGUGACGGACUUGGGACUGGGCUACCAGACGAAAGAGGAGCUCAUCUUCCGGUACUGCAGCGGCCCCUGCGCCGAGGCGGAGACCAACUACGACAAGAUCCUGAACAACCUCACACACAACAAGAAGCUGGACAAGGACACGCCCUCACGCACCUGCUGUCGGCCGAUCGCGUUCGACGACGACCUGUCCUUCUUGGACGACAACGUGGUGUACCACACACUGAAAAAGCAUUCUGCACGGAAGUGUGGCUGCGUCUGAGGAUGACGCGCACGUCGACGGACUAAGGAUGGUCUUUGCGACUCGGUACAGCAUGGGGGACGGAUCGCUGUGGGGGGAAUGAGCUGGAAGCGUAGGUGUGUCUGCAGUCUUCAAACGACUGCACCGUUAGAACUGACCGGUCCAACUGAGCCAGACCCACUGACCAGUAUUCCCUCCAGUUUGCAGAAGAGUCAGCGCAGUUACACCAGGUUUGCUAACUGUGCUACGCUUAAAAAAACAAAAAAAACACAACGACGACUUUGGCUCGUUUUCCUUGAAGAACUUUGUUUUUCCCCCGACUGCAUAGCUGUCUCCUAAGACUAUGGACGACCACAGAGAUGUGAGGAGAACAUGCAGCUGCAGUCAAAAACCACUUCCACUGCAAUUCUGCGCUGUUGACAAGUACAUUUAUAACCAUGUGAUAAGAAAUACCACACCGGAGUUCAGCAAAGACUUUCCGGUACAACGCAUCUACAUAAAUUUCAAUCAUUUAUAUAUAGAUCUAUAUAUAUAUAUGUACACGUGUGUAUAAGAGGUAUAUUUAUUAAGAUGGAAUUUAACUUAUUGUUAUUUAUUUUAAUCCAUUUUAUGAAAGAAAUUGUCUUUUUCUUUUCGUUUUUUUUUCUCCCUUAUUUAUUUAAAAGCUUCAUUUUUCCUGGACGGUGCCAAAAAUGGAGCAAUUUCUCGUGCGAAAAUCUUACAAGAUGACCCACAACUGCUAAACACACACAAACACACCAUAAUAAUAAUAAUAAUAAUAAUA